CCCGCUGGGCCGCUCUGCCUCUCACUCACCGUCCAAUUUUCUCCCACCAGGCGCAUCCUGCUGCCUGCCAGCUCCAGCGCUACCGUUAGCUAGCUAAUAAGAAGGGGAGCAGCAGCGAGUCAUUACUACUGAGGAAAUUGUGUUUUCAUUUCUCAGCGUUAUGUGUUUUUGCUUAUUUAUUCGUUUGGGAAAAUGAAUGUGCGAUUUUCCUGUGCCAGCGCGCCUCCUAGAAGACAAAAUUCCCGGUGUAGAGUCCGCUUUUUCACUUCGACCUCGGUAGCUGAACGCGUUUAGCAAGUCUGUUCGUUUUGACAAGCGAGUGGCUCAUCUGUGCGCCGCCGCUGCCGCUGCUGUGACCGCGGGGGGGGAGGAUCUGGACAAAGCCAGUCAGAUGUUGGACGGUAAAAAUACCCUCGGAACUCAAACGUUUUUACACCGGGUUGUGAAAUUGAAUUAUCAAGCUGGUCAUCUGUCGUGAAAGUGCCAGGAAUACGGGGAGGAGUAAAGGUCUAUUUUUGGAGGGCGAGAGUUUGGAUCUCGCACCGAAGGAAGAGUAGGUGGCGUGCGAAGGAGGAAGACCCGCGGAGAGAAGAAGGUACAUAGGGGGAGAAAACUGAUGCCAGUGAUGGCAAACGAGCCGAUCAUCCUAAACGUCUAUGAUAUGUACUGGAUCAAUGAGUUCACCAGCUCUCUGGGCAUCGGAGUCUUUCACUCAGGAAUCGAGAUCUAUGGAAGAGAGUUUGCCUAUGGCGGACACCCGUACCCAUUCUCAGGGAUCUUUGAGAUUUCACCAGGCGAUGCAACCGAACUCGGCGAGACCUUUAAGUUCAAAGAAGCCAUAGUCUUGGGCAGCACGGACUUCACAGAGGAGGAUGUGGAGCGGAUCGUGGAGGAGAUGGGGAAGGAGUACAAAGGCAACGCCUACCACCUCAUGCACAAGAACUGCAACCACUUCUCCUCAGCACUGUCAGAGAUCCUGUGCGGCAGGGAGAUCCCACGCUGGGUCAACCGCCUGGCCUACUUCAGCUCCUGCGUGCCAUUCCUCCAGAGCUGCCUGCCCAAAGAGUGGCUGACCCCGGCUGCCUUACAGUCCAGCGUCAGCCAGGAGCUCCAUGGAGGAGGAGAGCUGGAGGAGGCCGAGGACGCCGCUGCCACUGCCUCCCUGGCGUCAAUGUCGCCCUGCUCACCCUCAUCCUCCAGCCCACCCUCCUUUCCUCGUCAUUCCCGCCACCAGCCCCGCCGGUAGAAGCUGCAAGGUCUGCUGGGAAACUUUGGGCUGGGCUUGUGGUUACAGAGACCGUAAGGUAACAGAAUACCUGCAGCAGCUGAUGAAUGCAGCUACAGCCAAAAGUCCUGUCAGACUGUCCUCGAGUAAGGCACUGAACAACUACCUGCUCAUUGUAGGAAUGUCUGCCAAAUCUCUACAGUGAUCCAGAGCAGUGGGAGCAGAAGGGUUUUUCCUCUCAGGGGGAAGGAACUCCUGCUGCUGACAAAGGCACGAUCGUCUCUCAGUGAACAUGGCUGAUGGAUUCCAAUAUCACAUCCAAAAUCCAAAAACUAUUUCCCCUCAAGUCUCUUUCAUUAUUUUACCAGCCAACAUGUGGUGCAGAAUGGAAGCAAGGCCGGUUGUUUACCCAUCAAAAUGUUUCAUCAUUUAGGAAAAAUUACCAGCCACAUCCAGAUUUUACAAGCUGUUAGUUGGUGGAUGGUGCUAAUCCCCACUUUUUUAUAGUGGAAACCUGUAACAGAAGAUAUGCAGAGUUUUUAACUUGAGCCCAAGCUAAAGGAGGUGACCUUUAUCAACCUGAUAUGUCAGAUUUGAUGUUUAGAUGUUCCGAAAAUUAUUUGACCAUCUAACAAGCUCAAUCUAAACCUCUAGAGGUCACCCGAUUAUUAAAAGGAUAAGAAAGAAAACAUUUAUGUUACAUAAAAUAAUGAUUAUUAUUUCUGCCACUUUGUUUUCUUGUGAAAUACGGCAUAGUUUUACCUCUUCAAGCCUCUAAAAAUUGUUCAAAUAAAACAAACCAAGAAGGUAAAGUCACUUUUUAUGGAUGCAGUUUGUUGAAAUGCUUAUGUUCACACGACCAUGACCGGUGAUGAGGGGUCACAAGUAGACAUUGCUUACUGGCGUAAAGGCGUCACAUUAUCACUGCGCACGCCUCCUCCAUGUGUAUGUGACGUGUUGCGACGGCUCUGCGGGUAUAACCAUGGUGAGUUGAGCGGGUGGGGGGGAGUGUGCGGAAAGUUUUAAAUUUGUUGUAGUUUGACCUGAGCUGAACUUUUGUGGGUGCAGCCAAUCGUUGAUCGGCAAGAUGGAUGAGAAACGAAUGAAAAAUGAUGUUCUCGUUAGCGGAAUAUCAGAAUGUAGAUGUAGCUACCAGGGUUGUUACAAAAACACAUUCUGAGUCUCAGAAAGGUAUCGAUCUGCUGCUUGCAACAUUAGCAUAUUUAGUACAGCACUACUAAAAACUGCUCAAACCCCUUUUUUUCUGCUGUAAUGUAAAUACACUUUAAACGGUAUUUUCAUAUUGAACAUCCAAACAAUCUGAGAUUUGUUUUGGAGAAACUAGAGGACGUUAAAAAAAACUACUGUAUUUGUCUCAACACUUAGCUUUAGUAGUUGCAUUUCGACCCACAUCAAGACACUGAAUCCUAAACGUAGUUUUAAAUUACCAUUAGCCAAGCUCUGGUAUAACUUGAUCUGUGGCUGGUAAAUGUUUCCACUGCCGCCAACUGUAGUUAAGAUGUCCUAGAUAAUUGGCUGGUAAAAUUUUGAAAGCAGCAGGUGGAGUUUGGAAUCUAAACACUUUGCAUCAACGUGCAUGUGCUUCAGGACCUCAGCCUUUUAGUUUUUUCUUUUCCUCUCACAGCAAGCUGGAUAGACUCAAGCCAGAACUACAAUCAGUGUCACUUUCCUCAAACGCCACAUAGACAUGAAUAAACAUAUCUAGAGCCAGUGUCUAAAUGAGGGGAAAUCCUUAACACAACUUGAAUGGGUUCAGUUCUAAGUAAUCUUGGCUUCCCAAGUCCCUUUUUAUGUCAAAUCUGUAUCUGCAGUUGUCUGUUAUCUGUAGCAGCUCUUAAAAUCCUACCUGCCCGUCGUGGAAUAACCUCACAUCAUUUAAGAAAAUUUAACCCAAUGAAGAUUAUUUAAACCUCAGUCUGUAAUGUAAUAAUUACAAAAUAGCAACAGUUAUUUCUUCACCAAGACUGUAAAAUAGUUUUGUUUUUUCUAAUUUCAGAAUUAGGUUGCAGGGCAGGCAAGACCUUUUGUGACCAGAAGGUUCUGGGUUUAAACCUCAGAGUAAAAGAGAGAACUCCUUCUCAGUAGCAACUGCCAAGGUGCCUUUGAGCAAGGUACUUAACCCACAAGUGCUCCAGCGGCCAGCAGUAGAAGACUGCGGUUAUACUGGACAGCUCCCAGUUGUAAGUUGUUAAGCAAAUUGUUUCAUCGUUACCCAAAGGAUCACGUUACGUUUACAUUAAGGAUGUGUCGUCAGCCAAUAACGGUUUGUGAUCUACAUAAAUGGCUGAAGAAGACGGGCACUUGAAGUAAAAAGGAAAUUAAUUUGAGGAAGAGUGUGUCUUAAAUGGGAACUGAAACCAUCUUUAACUGACCUUGUCAUUUUCUUCACAUCUGUCUCCAGUUAGGGAUGACGCACAUUGGUGUUAAUUUAGAGCAUCACAAACACCUUCUGUCUGAAAAUACUCACUCGAUCAUUUACUCAGACAAGUCUUUAAACAUUUUUUAGGAUGAUUAAGAAGUUUAAAGUUCUUUACAAGAAGAUGCUGCGUUUUCACAAAUGAUGAGCACCUCAUUUUAAAGUCUAUAUAUGCCGUCAACAUCAACAUGUGUGCUGCAUAAUGUGUCUUGUCCCAAACAAGAGCCAUGGAUGUGUUGAAAACAUAUUUCUCAAUGGAUUUUUGCCUGUUUUGUUGCAAGGCUGAGGACUGGACUACAAGCAGGAAACCUGUUUGUUUUUUUUUUGUUUUUUUUAGUUCUUUAAUGUAUUUAUAUGAUAAAUGGACUCUGGCCUUUUUGUCUGUUUUGUUUAUGUUUGAUAAACUCAGGACUCCAAAAGGCUUUGUAAUAUAAUAAUCCUUUUAACUUUUUUAUCCUAUGUUUUAUGUUUGCGUCACUGUUGCUUUUUUCUAAUGCAGUAGUCACUCCAUAGAGGUUUUCAAAAACGCGCUGAGGCAGUGCAGUUUUAUAUUCCUCUCUUUGAUUAAAAAAAAAGAAAAAAAAAAAGAGCUCCUGUUUACAACCUGGAUGUUUGUAUGCAAGCCUGUGCUGCUCUUUGUUUUCCUGUCUGUGCAUGAAUGUGUUUGUGUGUGGGCGCACUUGUAUUAUAAAUGGUUUGUAUCAACAAGCUGCCAUCUGGGCCACAUUUCCCUACAUCAAACACAACAGAUACUCUGCCAAAGAGAUCCACCUGAACAAAUGUAGCAGUGUUUCCACACUUAACAAACUGUUGCUGCAUCAUGAAGAGACUGGAUUUCUUUAAAGCAAGUAAACUUUUUGUCCUCAAGCUAAAUCUAGGACAUUUUUCAGUGACAUUAUUUUGGUGCAGUGGCAUAUCAUUUUGUAGAUUUCAACAAACAAAACAGAAGCAGUGUUAAAAGCAAGACAUUUCUCAUGAAACCAGCAUAUUUAUGUGAUUAGGAGUGAAAGGUUUCAACUAAAUGUAUUGUAAAAUAUAUUUGAAAUGUUACUUUUUACGUUGUACUAAGUCUGACUAAGGAAAAGUAAACUUUAUUUUUAAUGCACAGACUCAGCCUGACGCACACACACACAGUGCUCAUGUCGGCGCCCUCUGCUGGCUGUUAUUUGUACUGUUACUUGUCUGUUGUGGUGCACAGACACUGAGGUUUCCCUGAACCAUCACAGCUUCAGAUAGUUUUCUGCUGGUAUCUGAUAAUUGUAAUAUCUAUUGAAAAAUGAACAUUAUCUCAUCAAACACUAAUCAUCCACCAGCUAAAUUAGACUGACCAAUAAUUGUAGCCUUCCAUUUAAAAAUGCUGAGAGAAUAUUGUUACUUUAUGUUCAUAUCUUAACAUUUUAAGUACCACAAAUCAUCAUUACUGAGACCAAAGAUACCUAUAACUUCCCCAGUCAUUUUUGUAUUAACAGCCAUUGACUAGUCAUUACACGUGUCCAACCUUUUAAAUGAAUGUCUUAUUUUGGGAUGAAACCCUCAUUCUUUGAAUAAAGGUUAUUUCAUUAUAAUAGUAAAUGUCCUGUCAAAAGAUUCUUUGUGGGACAUUUGUGUGAGCUAUGAAUGUAGAUUGGGAAACCUCAGUCAUUCAUACCCCACAAAAACUGACUUCAGCUGUUUCACAGUGAACUUUCACAGAGCCUUCAGAGUACUGGACCUGAUUUGUACCCUGUUGUAAAGUUAUUAAAGAAAAGUAUACAAUCGUG